GUUUCAAAAUGAACGUUGACGAGAUUCUGCACAAGCGAGGCGAGUUCAACCCGAUCGACUAUUUUGCAAUACUCAACUGCGAUGCCAGCAGCAAUAAUGAUCAAAUUCGUGCCGAGUACCGACAAUUGGCGCUCCGCCUGCAUCCCGACAAGCAGCCUCCAGCCCGAGACACCGAGUCAAGCAACCCAUCUGACAUUGCAAGCACGGCAUCGGACGCACGAGCGGCUGCAGAACAAGCGAAAUCGAGCACGAAUGACCAAUUUGCCCUCAUUCAGCGCGCGUACCAAGUCCUGCUGGACCCGCAGCUGCGCUCAAAGUACGAGCAAUGGUACAGGAGUGGCCUUCAGCUUCAGUUUGAGUCGUGGCUGGCCCACGGCGACUCUGCGCACUCGUCGGUGCAUUGGCAAUCGAAGGCGCGCCCGGAACCUGCAAUCGAGUCGCACUCGGCUGUGCAGGAACGAUUGCAAUCUGCGUCCAAUCCAACACCAUUGAAUGAGAAACCUCAACGAUCGUCCGCCAGUCUCUUGCAACAGUUUCGCAACUAUCAAAUAUAGUUUGUGGAAUCAAAAUUGCGCGGCGAGCAUGCGGCGUCGAGGGAAAGCACUCGCUUUUCAAGGUGAGCCGCAUCCAGCUCGCUGUCAGCGCCCUUACCCCAGUUCGAAUCCUGCGCGAUAGAACUGCAACUUGAAAUGGGGAAAUAUCCACCAUCUCUUAUUCUGGCAAACAAUCGCCUUGUGUACAAGAGUAAAUGUAUUCAAAAAUGAUGAUACCAC